AUGAGUGCAAACACCUCCAUGGUGACUGAGUUUCUUCUUCUCAGCUUCUCCCACCUGGCCAACCUCCAGGGCUUGCUCUUCUCUGUCUUUCUCACUAUCUACCUGCUGACCGUGGCAGGCAAUUUCCUCAUUGUGGUGCUGGUCUCCACUGAUGCUGCCCUCCAGUCCCCUAUGCACUUCUUCCUGCGCACCCUCUCGGCCUUGGAGAUUGGCUAUACGUCUGUCACGGUCCCCCUGCUACUUCACCACCUCCUUACUGGCCAGCGCCACAUCUCUCGCUCUGGAUGUGCUCUCCAGAUGUUCUUCUUCCUCUUCUUUGGCGCCACGGAGUGCUGCCUCCUGGCAGCCAUGGCCUAUGACCGCUAUGCAGCCAUCUGUGAACCCCUCCGCUACUCACUGCUGCUGAGCCACCGGGUGUGUCUACAGCUAGCUGGGUCGGCGUGGGCCUGUGGGGUGCUGGUGGGGCUGGGCCAUACCUCUUUCAUCUUCUUUUUGCCCUCUGCAGCCCCAAAUGCCAUCGUGCAGUUCUUCUGUGAGAUCCAGCCUGUCCUGUAGCUGGUAUAUGGAGACACCUCGCUUAAUGAACUGCAGAUUAUCAUGGCAGCAGCCCUCCUCAUCCUCUGUCCCUUUGGCCUCAUCCUGGGCUCCUACGGGCGUAUCCUCGUUACCAUCUUCCGGAUCCCAUCUGUUGCGGGCCUCCGCAAGGCCUUCUCCACCUGCUCCUCCCACCUGAUCGUGGUCUCCCUCUUCUAUGGCACCGCCAUCUUUAUCUAUAUUCGCCCUAAGGCCAGCUACGAUCCGGCCACUGACCCUCUGGUGUCCCUCUUCUAUGCUAUGGUCACCCCCAUCCUCAACCCCAUCAUCUACAGCCUGCGGAACACAGAGGUCAAAGCUGCCCUAAAGAGAACCAUCCAGAAAACGGUGCCUAUGGAGAUUUGA